GUGGCGGCCCGGGAGACGUGGGACCCCCUUCCCGGGCGCAGGGACGGAGGCACCUGAGAGACAGCAGGUCUGGCUCUGUCCGGGUCCCAGAAGGAGUGUCAGGCUGGCGUCCUUGGAUACAGAUUGGGCAAACUGAGGCCCUAGAAGAAGGAAGGGCGCGCUCGGGCUCUUUUCAGACAGGGUCUCCGCCUGACUGCCUCUCCACCUCGGGGGCGGGACCGCCUCUCACGUGGUUAGUGAAGAGGUGAAGAGGGUGAACAGAUUUGGGGUGAAGUGGAGAAGACCUGGAGUCGAGCUCGCUGCCUACAGCUAGUUCUGCGUUCUGGGCCAAGUCCUCUACCUCACUGAACCUGGUUUCCACACUUGCACAACCGGGCCCCGAUUCUCAAAACACGGUCCUCAACAACACCUCUGAGAUGCCGGCUUUACAGCCCUGAACUCCGACAGCUUGUUUCGAAUCUGGGUUUGGAUCCUAGGAAACCGUACUUUGGACAUUCUCCUCGGGAGUCCUAAACCUGCGAGUGUGUGAAACCUGCUCAUCUGAAGUGCUUUCCCGCUGGGAAUGCGGUAUUGGCUUGGAGGCAUCUGGAGCCGGUUCGGUUCUGUGAAACAUCGGUCUGGCGUGGGAAAGAACACCAGAGAACAAUAACUAUCAUUAAAAGCUGGCCCUGGAUAGGGUGGGUCGGCUAUGGCAAGGAGGGCUCCCACUUAAUCUUUGGGGCUGAAAGAGGAUUGUCUUGAGAAUCUUCACUGAAAGCUUUGCUGGCAGGCAACGAUGGCAAGUAAGGGGCCCUCGGCCUCUGCAUCCACUGAGAAUUCCAGUGCAGGAGGACCCAGUGGCAGCAGCAAUGGCACUGGUGAGAGUGGAGGGCAGGACAGCACUUUUGAGUGCAACAUAUGCCUGGACACAGCCAAGGACGCUGUCAUCAGCCUGUGUGGCCACCUCUUCUGUUGGCCGUGUUUACAUCAGUGGUUGGAGACAAGACCUAACAGACAAGUAUGUCCGGUUUGCAAAGCUGGAAUCAGCCGGGACAAGGUCAUCCCACUGUACGGCAGAGGCAGCACUGGGCAACAGGAUCCCAGAGAGAAGACUCCUCCUCGUCCUCAAGGCCAGAGGCCAGAGCCAGAAAAUAGAGGGGGAUUUCAAGGAUUUGGAUUUGGAGAUGGUGGCUUCCAAAUGUCCUUUGGAAUCGGAGCAUUUCCAUUUGGGAUAUUUGCCACAGCAUUUAACAUAAAUGAUGGACGGCCUCCUCCAGCUGUCCCUGGGACACCCCAGUACGUGGAUGAGCAGUUCCUGUCACGCCUCUUCCUGUUUGUAGCCCUGGUGAUCAUGUUCUGGCUCCUGAUCGCCUAAUACAGGACCUGUUUGCGUCUACAGCAGCACCUCUGGACUGGUGAUAUGCUACACACUCCUGUGUUUGACUUGUUUAAUCCCGACCCCUGGAAUCAAGGGUCAGAAACACAUCAAAGAGUCUUGCUUCUCCAUUAGAGCUUUGGAACUCAAAACCAGUUGGCGAGGAACCCCCAGUUUCACCACUGCUGUAAAAACCCUUCUAUAACCUCAGGUCUUGUGUUGAGUCACCUCACACGGGUGACAAGUGAAGUCCUGGUCCAGCCCUCUCAGCAGGUCUCAGCUCCACACAGGGAAGAUAUGGGAAGAGAGAAACAGUUUCUUUCACCAGAACUUUAUAUUACAAAAAUGAAGGGAUGAACCAAAUGGUAUUUACAGAAACUUACUUUCAUCUUUUUAUUUUUUUAUUUUUUAUUUUUGGCAGUGAACUUCAAAGCUUUAUUGUGCAGGACAGAGAGCAACACUUCUGCCUGCUCACAACCCCACCCUGCCCCCAACUUUUAAACUGUGUGUGCUCUGAGAUUCCUGGUGAUUCCCUUCAUGAUGUCCAUUGGAGUUUGAAGAAAGUAUAACCAGGAAAGCAGCUUCCUUCCUUAAAGACGGGCAGUAUUAGUCACAGUUCACCUUCACGCUGGAGGCGGGAAUCAAGCUGGAAUUUAUCACUAAGCCAGUUUAUCUUUCCUUCUUAAAUGUCUCUGCUACAUAUUUUCACUAUUCUGGUGAUUUCUUGUUCAUAAUUUCCUGGUGUAUACAAAUGCCCCGUGGUAAGUGGCCUCCACCCCCUAUACCGAGGGGUUCCCUUCCAGAUCCCAGUGCAGCUCUGUCUGCCUUCCUGCCUCCCCUUCCUCAGCAGAGACAUAAGAAUGACUGCCCAAGAAAGUCAGAAUUGCCGCUGAAGAUGCUGUGUGACCUUACCAGAGACUGUGGUCUUUGAUUGGCUCAGGGCCUUGUUCAGUGUCUUGGGCCUAGGAAGCAGCUUGAAUGACCUCCUGGUUUAGGGUAUAGAUUAUCCCUGGUGUCACUUGGCUCAGACUUCCCAUCAGCUUUCUCCUCUAGAAUACUGCUGAAUUCAGACUGACAACUCUGCUUCAGAGCUUUGAUGCAGGAACAGCAGGACAAUAGCCCCUUCCUCUCUCCCCUAGUCUGUAGACACCUGGGUAAUUCUCUCAGAACUUGCCAGAGAAACUGGAGACUUUCUCAGGUCAGCCCAGCUGCACAUAGAACACGACCAUCCUCAGAAGCCAUUGUCCUUCUUAAAGGAGUCUGGGACUCUCAUUCCAACCUUGCUCCUGAUGUUGGUUUGGCUUGAUGGAUUUACCUGAAAACUCCCUGAGUGUGUGCUGAGCCCUGGGACACACAAGGCUCCUGAGCAAGCAAACGGCAUGUAAAUGUAAAGGGUCACAGUGAUACAGUGUGGUCUUCCUUUCUAAUUUUUCUCACAUGGAUUUGUUCUUGAACUUUAUAAGCUGCGUCCUCUGAGUCUGAUGAUGGGCAUGUGGUGCCAGGCAGAAUAGUUCGCCUGCUGUGACUACUAUGACAGGUAGUUCAUGCUCUACCUGUCAAGCUCCAUCUUCCCGGAGACCUUGGCAGGGCGGCAAGCUAAGCCUCUACUGGGCCUUUUGUUCACUUUUGCAGCACCCGGUGCCCCAGCAAUAACCGGAAACUAGGAGAGAGCCUUGCCGGGUGACUUCUCCAGAUGUAACUACAAUCUAUGGGACUCUAGAUUUUGAGGAUGGCGAGAGAGCCCUCCUCCUCACUGCACAGUACCCACCUGCCAAUGCCAGUGUUAGUGUUGAAAUGGAUACAGUAUGAAGUAUUGAGUAGGAGGGUGGUUUGGCAAGUCCAGCUGGUAAGAAUAAGCCACCAACUUUAUAGUGUGCCUGACAGAUUUUAAAUAGUCUUUGUCACUUGGAAAUCCCCAGUUACAGGGGCCCCUAGAGUGUCUCUGUUCUAGAGAGAAUUGGUAGGAUCCCUCAGUGUAGUAUAGCCCUAAGUAGUAGAGGGAAAACUUAAGCCAAUGAACACAAAAAAAAUGAGUUUCCAGAAUAAAUGAAAGAAGAAUGGUUAGUGGGCAAAUCAUUUGGAAUCUGGUGAAAUGGAUUGAACCCAGGUGUGGACUCAGCAAAGGCAUCCAGGGCAUGCAUAGCACAGCUGUGAUAGCCAUGUGCCCUCUGUGAACAUUACAGGCCUACACACCUGCCAGCAGCUGAGGCAGGAGAGCCAGUGUGGGAGUCCCCUCUCCUUUGUGGGCUCUUCCUCUACAGGCUCAGCACUUGUCCCAUGGCCAAGGCAGCUUUCUCUUCUGUGUUUGCUGUGUCCUCAGCCUUCACCUUUCUGCCACCCCCAUGGACAGGGACAGUAAGAAAAUGGGAACACGGAAGGCAGCAUGCCUUGACCAGCCACUGAUUUUCACUGUUGUGAAAGUGAUUUGAUUUAGAAUUAAAUGGUUUUGUAUUA